CGAUGUUUUAUUCGUCAAUUGCUUUUCUGAUCUUCUAAACAAAAUAGUGAAUAUUUGUUUUAAAAAAAGUUACAAAUAUUUCUUGUAAUAUUGGUAAACAUUAAUGCAUUGUUCCUAUUGUAAUCAGCAUGUGGCUGAAGAGGAGGAUUUCCUCGAGUGCAUAGAAUGUGAGUCUGUAGUGCACGCAAAGUGCUUACGCACGUGUCGGCCGGGCGAUUUGUUAGGUGAUGUCUUCUUUGAUUUCACCUGUGCGGCUUGUAUGAAUUUGCAAAACGAUGCACCGUCUACAUCGAUGUCGGCCAAAACAGCCACACCACGUGAGAAUUUCGUGCGUCAGCGUUUGUCCUGGUUCAUGAUUGUGGUUUUGACUUUAUACAAUUUAUCUGUGAAAUCGAAAGGCCUCAGUCAUCAUGGGUUCUUCCAUUGGCGCUCACACAUCGUUAGUUUUAUCAACAAGAAUUGGGAUUUUCUCAUGGAACCUGGCACACGGCGACGUAAAAACUGGUUCGGUUCCAUCUCCGGCAACUUAUCACAUUAUAGCCCUGAGUUUUUCUUAUCCGGUCAAGAAACUAUACAAAAAUCCGGUUGGUGGCGUCUAGCUCAGUCUGGUUUGACUCCAAAAGCGAUUCACAAAAAAUAUGAAGAAUUCAGUCAGAAGCGUUCACAAAUGCGCAGUGGCAAAAAACAACUGGAGGAUAUUGAUAGCGCUGACGAUCAACAGGAAAACAAGCGUAGACGUCGUAAUGAUUCAGAUGAUGACUUGACGCCUAUACCUGAUGGUUGCAGUCGUACAAUCCCUUAUAUGGGUCGCACACCUAAAGUGGCCAAGCAGCUGAAUAUUGUUGAUGACGACAUUAAAAACUUACAACAACAACAACCACUUAACACUGUACAAUCUAGCUUAAUGGACUUUUUGGCAGAAAGUUUCGCCAACUAUGAUCUAUUCAGUACAUUACCAAAUAUUGCCACAGAUACGCUCGUUGGCGGAGAUGAAAAACAUGAUUUUCUUCCACUCCUUGAAACUCACACUGAUAACUUGAAUAAUCUCAGUCCAGUCGAAGUGAAAAACAAUGUCAAUGAUUCUGUUGCCACUAAUGGCACUACGGAAGCGCCAAUAGCUGAUAAAUUCAAAGGUUUCUGCAAUGCCGAAGAUCAACAAAAAUUGGCCUCACAGGGCUCCACUGAACAAUUCUCUCAAGAAGAUUCCAUGCAAACGCCAUCUGAGUACAGUAAUGAUGCCGAUGAAGACGAUGAAUACCAACCGCGUAUAGUACAAGUCACCAAUUUUCAACAGCUCCAGCAGUCACCAAAAAAAGACUUGAACAACGCAGUAGAUGAGCAGCCAUUGUUAUCCCAAACAGAACAAACAAUCAAGAAGGAGAUAAAUUCUGAAGCAGAGCAAUCAGAAAAUGAAGAUGCUACAUGCAAGGACAAUGGCACAGUUCGCGAUGCGGAGUCGGAUAAUGAGCCUGAGCGGAGUACAGCCGCUAUGAGUGUUUGCAAACCCAGUCUCUUUACUAAAAUACCGCGUCGGAAUUGGCCAUGGUUGGUAGAAGAAGAAGAAGAGGCUUCAGAAGAUCAUACAGAAGAUCAAACCAUUGAAAAGAAGCCCUUCCAGCAGAGUGAAAGCUUAACCAUGAUGAGCGAAUACGAAGAGAUUGAACUCUUACAAAAGCUGCGUAAAAUAUUUGACAUGGAAGAGAAAUGCAAAAUUGAUAUACCGGCAUAUGUGCGACGAUUCUACAGAAAACUCUGUGUACGUGAAUGGAAGCGUGAACAUGGAAAGUCACUUUUCAACUUGGACGAUCAAAUAAAUGGCAAGAAUAGCGAAUUGUUAGCGAAUGAAGCCAAAGCCCAGAUCAUUGAUCGGUAUCAGCUCAUUUCACUUACUUCGGAAAAGAAAUACAAAUCAUUCUAUGCGCGCAUCGCUGGUUCUUUCGACUACGAAAUGUUUGAAUCGCCAUAUUCCCACCGGAUUUUACAUCCGUUCAUCUAUAGAGACAAGGAAAUUGCGCCGCCUUGGUUGAAGUUAAUGUGCGAAAUGCAAUUUACAGUGAAUGGCGAGUAUCCGUUUCGCUCACCGAUUGAUUUCUGUUAUGUGCGUCCUAAUCACAUUGCUGCAGUAAACGCUUUACUACAAACAACCUUCUGGCCUGGUAUCGACAUGUCGGAAUGCCUUAGCUAUCCGGAUUACAGCGUGGUAGCACUCUACAAAAAGUUGGUGGUGGGUUGUGGUUUUCUCGUACCUGAUGUCGGUUUCAAUGAGGCAUACAUUUCCUUUAUGGCUGUGCGCCCCAAUUGGCAACGUUGCGGCAUCGGCACAUUUAUGUUAUAUCAUCUGAUACAGACGUGUAUGUCAAAGGAUAUAACGCUGCAUGUGUCCGCCUCCAAUCCCGCCGUUGUGCUGUACCAAAAAUUCGGCUUUAAAAUAGAGGAAAUCAUACUGGAUUUCUAUGAGAAAUAUUUACCCAUCGAUUCGAAGCAGAGUCGAACUGCUUUCUUCUUAAGGCUUUUGCGUUCAUAGCAUUGCGAAAUGGGUGUAAUUGAAAAUAUAACUAAAAUUUUAAUAA